AUGGGAUGUGGAUCAAUAAACACCAAAUUUCGAAGAGAAAAAAGUUUAAAAUCAAAUGGCACACAAGAAGAGAAAAAAAUAAGCAACGUUCAAGAAAUCGUUGUGCAGGCUAGCAACUUUGUGAGGGAAAAUGAAAACAAAUUUCAAGACAUUUAUAGACUAGGCCGAUGCUUACUCCAUCUCCUCGAGCAAACAAAAAAUUUUGCUUGCUCACGGAGGAGUUAAUUUUUUUUUAUUAAAAAAUUUAUAUGUAAAUUUUAUAGUAAAAUUUUUUUACAAAUAUAAAAAAUCUCAAUUCGAAAUAAUUUUAAAGCAAAUAUUAAUCCAAUUUGUAUCAAAUUUAGAAGAAUUAGCUAGAGAUUUCAUUAUACUAUUAUAACUUAUAUAUCAAACAUUUUGAAACAUUUUUAUAUUAAAAUAAAUUUUUGUUCGCUCAUAGAGGCUUUUAUUCAAAAAUAGGGAUUUUCCAAUAGUUUUGUUUGAUUAUGGAGAGUGAAGAUUUAGGAACAGGAGGAUCAGGAGAAGUAAAGACUUGCUUUCAUAGGGAGACUAAUAUAAAACGGGCAGUAAAAAUUUUUCGAAAAGAUCUUUUAACAAAUGAAGCCUCUAAAGCUAAUCUGGAAAAAGAAAUAAAUAUACUAAUUAUGGUGAAUAGCUUGCAAAAUUAUUUGGAAAGCGAUAUUUAUAUUUAGCUAACAUACAGACAUACAUUAAUUAAAUUUUUAAGGUGUCUAACGCCACACUCCCACUAAAGGGACAGAGUCAAAAUGGUGAUGUCAUGAGCAUUUCAAUCCAAAAGGUCGGACUAUCCCAAAUAAACCGCCUGCCCCCCUUAUUAACGCUUCUCACCCGGUACAAUGCUGUCGCCUUCCCUGACUCAGCUCCUGUUUGUGCUCCACCUAAGGGUCACCUUCCUCGGGCGUGCUGAGAGGAAAAACUUUUAGACUCUUGAUUGCAAUUUGGAGCAGUUCCUCUGAUUAUCCCAAAAGUUAAACCACUGUUACUAGAAAAAGCCCAGCCCUAUAAUAAAAUUCCAUGAGGAAAAGAAAAUUAGCAGAACUGAACCGAAUGCCAUUUUAUUUAUUUAUAUUUGGCUAACAAAAAAUGCUUUUUAAUGCGUUAUUAAUUGUAAACAUAAUAUCCUAAAAACUCUAGAUCACCCAAAUAUUGUUCGCAUAUAUGAAUAUUUUGAAGACUCCAAACGCCUCUAUGUCAUUAUGGAAUUUUGCAAAGGAGGUGAGCUCUUCGAAGAGAUCAUAAAGCGGCAGACUUUUUCUGAAAAGCAUGCUGCCCAAAUUAUGUAUCAGUUAUUUUCAGCAGUCGCUUAUUUGCAUAACCUUAUGAUAAUUCAUAGAGAUUUGAAGCCAGAAAAUAUUUUACUUGAAGAGAAAAACGGUGAUUUAAAUAUAAAACUGAUAGACUUUGGAACUGCAACUUAUUCAGGUGCUUCUAGAGCUCGGGGAGAAAUUUCAGGUACUGCUUACUAUAUUUCUCCUGAAGCACUUGUUGGGCAUUAUACUGAAAAGUGUGAUCUUUGGAGCUGUGGCGUAAUUAUGUAUAUAUUACUAAGUGGGAUUCCUCCUUUUGAUGGAAAAACAGAAGAUGACAUCAUUAAAAAGGUCACAGCUGGAAAGGUCAAUUAUGAAAUAAACCCAUGACCAAAUAUUUCAGAAGAAGCCAAACAGUUACUCUCUGUGCUGCUAUGCCCUGAAAGCAACAGAAUUUCAGCCACAGAAGCUCUGCGGCAUCCAUGGGUAACAUCAAGAAUAGACCGCACUGUUACAAAUAAAGAAAUGCUAAAUGAAGUUUUAUCAAACUUAAGGAACUUUCAUGCCUCUAGUAAGCUUAGAGAUGCAGUCCAUACAUUUAUUGCUACACAAUGUAUGGCUCCACAAGACACCAAAGGUUUAAAAGAAAUAUUUUUGAUUAUUGAUAAAAACGGUGAUGGGAAAUUAUUUUUUAAAAAUUUAAAUUGCCUUAUUAUAUGCAACAGCCAGCCCUAAUUUUUAUAUAAAAUAAAAGAAUUUCAUAAUAAUUAACAUAAUGAAUUUUAAACUAGCACAAUAUAAGCAAAGAAGACUUAAUAGAUCAAUAUACAGAAAUUUUAGGUGCUGAAGAAGCUGGCAGAGAGGUCGCAAAAAUAAUGAAAGAAGUUGAUACUGACAAGAACGGAUUCGUAGAUUAUACAGAGUUUCUGAAAGCUGCAUUAAAUAUGGAAAAAGUGCUUUCAGCUGAAAAUUUGAAGACUGCUUUUAAAGUGUUUGAUAGAGAUGGAAGUGGGUCAAUAUCUGCUGCAGAGCUCAGGAAGAUUCUUGAAGGUAGUGCUCCAAGUGAUGAUAGGGUGUGGAAUGAAAUCAUUAGUGAAGUGGACCAAAACGGUGAUGGAGAAAUUGAUCUCCAAGAGUUCCAGGAUAUCAUCUUGGCCAAGUUUUAA